AUGUCACGGAUUCACGAGAACGCGGCAGAUUUUUACGCAACACCAAAAAUGAGCAAUCAUUUGGUUUUCACUUUAAUUGUAGGCUUCUUAGCUUUAUCUAAAGCUACCAUUAUUUCUCAGAGAUAUGCAGCGAAACUUGAAUUUGAUGAUAAGAAGUCAAACAAUGACCUUUUAGGUGAAAAUAAUGCUCAAUCGUUAACUGAGUGCGCCGCAACCUGUCAAAGGGAGUGCGUCUUUUUUGGUUUUAAUCCUAAAAUGAAGAAAUGCCGUACCCACAAGAAAAGAUUAACGUCUGAACUGUCUGAGGAGGCAGGGUGGAGAUACUACUCGGAUAACGAUUGUGUUUUGUCUGCCAUGCCUAAAGAUUGUGAAGAUCUUUGUGAAGAAGGACAAACUACUACAGGGGUGUAUCAUAUAUACCCCUACAGUACAUUAACCAUUCCAAUAAGUGUCUACUGCGAUCUGACCACGAUGGGCGGUGGAUGGACGGCCAUUCAGAAACGCGUAGACGGAUCCGUGAGUUUUGACAGGAACUGGACGGACUAUAAGAAUGGAUUUGGUGCCCCAGAACAGGAUUACUGGAUAGGGAAUGACGUAAUCCAUAAAUUAACGAAAGAAAACACCUCAUCCUUGUAUGUGUCCAUCACUCUCCAGAAUGGUACAAUGCUGUAUGAAAUGUACGGCGGUUUCUCUGUCUCCGACGAAGCAGGAAAAUAUCAACUCUUUCUUGCAGGACCUGUCAAUGGAACUUUAGGAGACUCCAUGUUAGAUACAGGUAAUCCUUCCCUAGAUCUGUCUGGGAUGUACUUUAGUACCCCAAACAGAGACAAUGACAGAUUUAGUGGUGGUCAUUGUGCUGCUGACAGUUACCAUAGAGGAGGCUGGUGGUUCAACUGGUGUACCUACGCCUUCCUUAACGGACAGUGGUACCCGGAGUCCUGGUACAAACCAUGGUAUCCUACAGUGAAUGAUAGUACACAGAUAAAAGAAACUCUCAUGAUGAUCAGGCGUCGCUAG